AUGAUCUUCGAGCCGGCUGAGCGCGUACUGCUCCCUACGAAAGACCUGCUGUCUUACAUCUUUGACGAUCCACCAUAUGAUCAAGACAAACCAAUUUAUGUCGAUGCGAAGAACCCACGUCGUUCGAUUUCGUGCAAUCAGGCUCGCAGCACAAUCAGAAAGCUGAUUGCUGGCCUACGAGCAGCUGGUAUUCGUAAAGGGGAUUGUGUUUUGAUCCACUCUUUUAAUGACAUCAAUUACAGCAUCCUUGUUCUCGCCAUCAUUGGUGCAGGUGGAGUAUAUACUGGCUCGAACCCAUCAUACACACCCAAUGAACUUGCGCAUCAUGUCAGAGCUGCCGAGUGUAAGUUUUUGAUCUCAGAGCCAGAAAUUCUGAACAAUCUUCUCUCGGCAGCCAAGCAAGUCGGAAUCCCCCGUGAGAAAGUCUGGGUCUUUGACAAUGAGGCGCAAACUGUCCCGCCAGACCAGAAAUCAUGGAAGACUCUAAUGGAGUAUGGUGAAGAAGACUGGGUCCGGUUCAAUGAUUUGAAAACAACAGAGACGACCACCGCUGCGAGACUUUUCAGCAGUGGAACUACAGGUCUGCCAAAAGCUGUGGUGAUUACUCACUAUAAUCUGAUUGCUCAACAUGAGCUUGUUAUCAAUCUGCACCCUCGUCCGUACCCGCUUUCGCGAAUUAUUGCAAUCCCUGUCUUCCAUGCCUCAGCCGCCCCGGUGACCCACAUCUCCACUUUGAAGGCAGGGCAAGAGGUCUAUAUGAUGCGACGGUUUGAUCUGGAAGAGUUUUUGUCCAACGUGGAAAAAUAUAACGUCACCGAUCUUGCAAUGGUGCCUCCCAUCGUCAUUGCCAUUUUGAUGUCUCCUAUCUCCCAGAAAAGGCCAUUCCUGAAGAAGGUCCAGGGCGCGGCGUGCGGAGCUGCCCCCUUGGACAAGAAUGUUCAAGCUCGUUUCCGCUCAAUGCUGGCUGAUGGUAGCCCAUUCACACAAGUAUGGGGUAUGACAGAGACGUCAUGUGUUGCGACUAUGUUCCCAUACCCCGAGCAUGAUGAUACUGGGUCGGUCGGGAGACUGAUUCCUAAUUUGGAGGCAAAGCUCAUUGAUGACGACGGUAACAACAUUUCUGCUUACGGAGUGCGUGGAGAGUUAUGUGUCCGCGGAUCGACAGUCACGCCAGGGUACUAUAAGAACCCCGAAGCGAAUGCACAGUCUUUCGACUCGGACGGUUGGUAUAAAACAGGAGAUAUUGCAUACUGCGACGAAGCGACUCGAAAGUGGUACAUAGUCGACAGAAAAAAGGAGCUUAUCAAAGUAAGGGGCUUCCAGGUCGCACCACCUGAGCUCGAAGCUGUUCUUCUGUCUCACCCUCAGAUAGUCGAUGCGGCAGUGAUAGGCAUAACCAUCCCAGGUGCCAAUACCGAGUUCCCUCGUGCUUAUGUGGUGCGACGUCCUGGGAACAAGGGAGAGAAACUCACAGAGAUAGAUGUCCAGAAAUAUGUUCUAGAGCGGCUUGCGCGAUUCAAGGCCUUGACAGGAGGGGUGAAGUUUGUCGGUUCUAUUGCAAAGAACCCGAGCGGAAAGAUCCUCAAACGAGUCCUUCGAGAGGAUGCAAAGAAGGAAAUUGAGGCAGGAGUCCUUAAGCCUAAGCUUUAA